GUUGAAAGUUGAAGUGUCCCAUACUCCCACGGGUUACACUAGUUUUGACAAUAUAAAAAUCACGGGCCCAGCAUAGACAACCAACCGAGCAUACUAAUCUUCCUUAACCAACCAUUCUUGCUUACUAACUAACCAACUAACAAGUGGCAAUAAUAACAACAUCAAAUAAACCAAAGACUUGUCUGUCACAACUCACAACAACAAAAUCUGAAUUUGAUUCUUACAAGUUUCCAAUUUAAACAUUCAUAUAAAAUGGUUGAGGCUUUACUUGAAGUUGUGCUUGAGAACCUAGUAUCUCUGCUUCGUAAUGAAUUUUCCACCAUUUCUAGAAUCAAAUCUAAAGCUCAAAAUCUGUCAAAUACCUUAGAACUCAUCAACGCCGUUCUUGAAGACGCUGAGCAAAAACAAGUCAAAGACAGCUCUAUUAAGGUAUGGCUACAACAGCUCAAAGACGCAGUUUAUGUGCUCGAUGAUAUGCUUGACGAAUGUUCCAUUCAAUCCAAUCGACUUAAGGGUGCAUCCUCUUUAAAACCAAAGAACAUUAUGUUUCGCUACAACAUUGGCAACAAGUUUAAAGAGAUUACAAAGAGAUUUGAUCAAAUUGCUGAAAGUAAGAACAAGUUCGUUCUACGAGUGGGUGUUAAUGUUAGAGAAUGGCCAAUUGAAGUGGCUGAAUGGCGCCAAACUAGUUCGACUAUUGCUGGACCAAAAGUGUACGGACGAGAAGAUGAUAAAGAGAAGAUUGUUGAGUUUCUUCUCACCCAAGUAAGGGACUCUGACUUCCUUUCUGUCUAUCCAAUUGUCGGCUUAGGUGGUGUUGGAAAAACAACACUUGCUCAAUUUGUCUACAAUGAUCAUAGGGUGAGUAGCAAUUUUCAUACAAAAGUUUGGGUUUGUGUUUCUGAGAUUUUCUCUGUCAAGAGGAUUUUGUGUUCCAUUAUAGAAUCUAUAACUAGAGAAAAAUGUGAUGCCUUGGAUUUAGAUGUGUUUGAAAGAAAAGUGCAAGAACUCUUGCAAGGUAAAAGAUAUUUGUUAGUUUUGGAUGAUGUAUGGAAUAGAAAUCAAGGAUUAGAAUUUGGAUUAAGCCCAGAGAAAUGGAAUAAGUUGAAAUCUGUAUUGUCGUGUGGAUCCAAAGGUUCUUCCAUUUUGGUUUCCACUCGUGAUAAGGAUGUAGCGGCAAUCAUGGGAACAUGCCAAUUUCAUCAUUUAUCUGGUCUCUCUGAUAAUGAAUGUUGGUUGUUGUUUAAACAAUAUGCAUUUGGACACGACAAAGGAGAGCAGGAAGAGCUAGAGGCAAUAGGCAAGGAGAUAGUAAAGAAGUGUGGGGGAUUGCCUCUUGCGGCACAAGCAUUGGGAGGUAUAAUGCGAUCAAGGAGUGGAGAAAAGGAAUGGCUUGAAGUUAAGGAGAACCGGCUUUGGUCUUUACCAGAUCAGAAUUAUAUUUUGCCCGCCUUGAGUUUGAGCUACUUAUAUUUAACACCGACCUUAAAGCAGUGUUUUGCUUUUUGUGCCAUGUAUCCUAAAGAUACCGAAAUUGUGAAGGCAGAUUUGAUUUAUCUCUGGAUGUCCAAUGGGUUCAUUUCAUCAAGGAAAAAUUUGGAUGUAGAAGAUGUUGGAAAUAUGAUUUGGAAUGAAUUGUGCCAAAAGUCAUUCUUCCAAGACAUCAAGAUGAAUGAUUAUUCGGCAGACAUCUGUUUCAAAAUGCACGAUCUUGUCCAUGAUCUUGCUCAAUCAGUUAUGGGAUCAGAAUGUCUGUUUUUAGAAAAUGGAGACGUGACUGGUUUGUCAAAGAGCACUCACCAUAUUAGUUUUAAACCGGCUGGAAUGUUAUCAUUUGAUGGGGAUGCGUUCAAAAAAGUUGAAUCCUUGCGAACAUGGUAUCAGUUAAAUUUUUACAACCCUAAACUUUUUACUUACUUCCCAACCAGUCGUUCUCUUCGGGUUUUAUGCACAAGCAGUUUCAAGUUAUCAUCAUGCGGAAGUUUAAUACAUUUGAGGUAUUUGGAGCUUUAUGAUUUUGAUGGUAUAGAAACCAUUCCUGACUCAAUCUAUAACUUGCAGAAAUUGGAAAUUUUGAAAUUGAAAUGUUUUUUAAAGCUGAGUUGUCUACCGAAACACUUAACUCGCUUAAAAUAUCUCAGACAUCUUAUCAUUCAAAACUGUUUGUCAUUGUCUCGUGUGUCUCCUUUCAUUGGAAAAUUAUCUUGCCUAAGAACAUUAAGUGUAUACAUUGUUGGUUUAGAGACAGGACACAACUUAAGAGAGUUACAUGAUCUAAAGCUUGGAGGAAAACUAAGCAUAGAAGGCCUUAAAAAUGUCAUUAGUUUAUCUGAUGCUCAAGAUGCAAAUUUGAUGGGCAAAACAGACCUCCAGGUAUUAUGCUUGUCAUGGGGAAAUAGUGGUGAAACCAAGACACCUAUUAUUAGUCCUAAACAAGUACUCGAAGUGCUUCAACCUCACUCAAAUGUCAAGAGCUUGACAAUAUGUUUCUAUGAUGGAUUAUUCUUCCCAACUUGGAUUGGAAUACUGAGUAGUUUAGUUUCUGUAGUAUUUCGUUGUUGCACGAACUGCAUACGACUUCCACCCAUAGGUAAUCUACCAUUUCUGAAAAACCUUGAAUUAUUUAAUAUGGAUAAUCUGCAGUAUAUGGAUGAUGAUGACUCUCUCAAUGGUGAGGUGAGGGCUUUUCCAUCCCUGGAGAAACUCUCAUUACAUAGGUUACCGAACUUAGAGCGAUUGUUGAAAGUGGAUAGAAAGGAGAUGUUCCCCCGUCUUUCUAAUUUGACCAUCAACUGUUGCCCUAAACUUGCAUUGCCAUGCCUUCCAUCUGCUAAAUACCUCUUUGUGUUUGGAUGUAACAACGAGAUGUUGUCGUCAAUCUCUAGUUUUUGUGGUCUUACAACUCUUCAACUUGAUGCAAAUGAAGACAUGAAAUCCUUCCGAGAGGGGAUAUUGAGAAACAUGACUUGUCUUCAUACUCUAAAAAUAAUUGGUUUCACAGAAUUGAAGGAAUUUCCAAAUGAUUUUUUCAACCCAGCUUUGGAGCAUCUACAAAUAUCUUAUUGUGGUAAGCUUGAGUCUCUACCAGAGAAAAUUUGGGAAGGCCUUAGAUCGCUCCGAACUUUGAAGAUUGAUCUAUGUGUAAGAUUGAGAUCCUUGCCAGAAAGUAUUCGACAUCUCACUUCACUGGAGGUUCUGCAUAUUCGUGGUUGCCCGAUAUUAAAGGAGCGAUGCAAGGAGGAAAUAGGGAAGGACUGGGACAAGAUAGCACACAUUCCUAAUUUAAAUAUUGAUUAGAGUGAAGAAGCAGACACUUUGGAAGAGUAUGGUUUCGACUUGUUUUUUCGUAUUAUAUGCUUCUACAAUCUGUUGCUGAUUCCCAUUUGCCACAUUUCCACCCAGUCCAAUACUGUAUGGAUCUCUCUCCCCCUUCUUGAAAUUGUGUUUCUUAUUACGCAGUAACAUCUUUUGUAUGUUUCUGUAUUCCCAAAUUUUCCAUGUUUGGUUAGCAUUGUAAUCUAUUACCAAGUCAAAGUUGCAAUCAUUUUGUAAGUUCAUGCAGCUGUGGUAGUUGAGAUGCUGCAAUAUAUUUCUUGAAUAA